CUCCGUACAAGCGAGGGCAAGUGAUGGAUACUACGGUACGGCAGAGUGUACUGCGUCUUAAUUAAUUGCCCCGGAGGUACCCUUUGUGAAGAUGCACUCCAUGUAGCCUCAACUCUUAAAUCUCCACAUUCGUUUGCAUAAGUAACGGCCUGACCCCCUCUCGCAUGGGAAGCAUUGCACCUGACAAGGCUGUCUCCCAGGUUUUGUCCUUCUCUUUUGUUCCUCGCCAUUGAUAAAGUCAUCGACGAGCUCACCCAGUCUCGCGUCUUGACCGAAACCAGCACAUCACCCUCAAGAUGAAGUCGACCACACUCCUGCCGUUCUUGUGCGUGCUUGCAGCCGCGCUACCUGCUACUAUCAACCACAACAGAGAGCCCGAUGCGCACCACUUUGCUCCCGUAACGAGGAUACAUCCUUCGACUAUCGAACAGGAUCUAGAGGCCCCCAUAGAUAACAGGCCACAAAAUCCAUCGACUUCUGAUAUCCCGUCUGUAAUCCUGGCUUCACAAAAGCCCAUCCAAUCGACAUAUCUCCUCGGCCUGCCUAGGGCCGGCAACGAUGAGGACGAACCAGCUACGAAGCCAGCGGCGCUUGGAUCGGAGCCUCUAGGUGACUCGAGCGACGGGCACGAAACGCAAACGCAAGCGCAAAAGCCAACUCAAGCGCACGCCGCUCACCCAUGUGUCUCCCGUCAGCAUGUUGACAUCGCUGUCAUCUGCUUCGUCGCUUUGUUUCUUUUGGCUGUUGUGGCUGUCGAGUCAAAGGAAUCCAUAUGGUCAUAUCGUACAGCACACGACGUUGCCGACGGCGCCAUCCGCCUGGACACUGAAGCUGCUGUUUCAGCAAAGCAGUUAUCAGUCCAAGCAUGGGCUUACUCUGAUGGAGAUGACAAUUCCGAAGCUGAGAAGGCUCGGUUAUAAUCACCCAGCAUGUGUGAAAGAAAAUUGUGUUGAAUGUCUACGGAGUGCUUGCGAUGUUUCAAUGUAUACCCACUAGCAUUUUCCCCUGGAGCAAAAGGCGUUUGGUUGUGGUUCAUUUUGAAAAGAAUUGGUUACGAUGCCCAUCUUGAAUUUGGGGCUAAUAAGGCGUUGGAUGGAAUUGCUUAUUUGGCAAUGGCUUGGUUGUUUCUUUCUUCCUUAUUUUGGGCUCCGUUACGCUUACACAUUGUCUUAUUGUCAUCAUUUUCCUCAUUGAUAUACCACCAAUUUGCAUUCUUCCUCACUUUCCUGUCGUGCCCAAUACCUAAGCACAUAUGGUAGGUAGAUAGUGUACUACCAAAACCAAAACAAUAUACCCCGACCGCGGAUUUCCAUCACCAUACAGGGUUACUACUUGUUUUUUCUUUGCCU